AUGAGUGCCACUAAAAGUUGUAACGAUGAAGAGAUCGAAAAAUUUUUUGCAAUAUGUGACGACGAGUAUGAAUCAUGUGAAGAUGAAGAAACGGAGUGUGAUGUGGAUAUCGAACAUAACAAAAGCCUCGAGGAAGUGCACACCUGGAUUGUCUAUAAAACAACGAAAAUCGAGUGUUUUCCCAAUGCGCGUUACAUACGAAAUGCGACGUGCGGCAUAAAAGCGAUUAACCGUUAUCGUUCACAUACCAACAUGGAAAGUGAUAUUGUGGAUCAUUUGAGAAAUGUGUCUCUUAAUCUACAAAUUUUCCAACGCAACAGCGCUAAUCUAUUCAAACCGUUUCUGAUUAAUGUCACCACUAAUUUAUGUAAUAUUUUGGACAAACGUAAUUUUCCAACUUACACAACAAUCGUUAUGAAUAUACUCAAAAGAGUAUCGAAUGUUAAUCAUAGUUGUCCUUUUACGAAGCACUUAAUUGUUAAAAAUCUCUAUGUUGAAGAGAAAUUUCUGCCGAUUGUGCCACCUCUGGGACUUUAUAAGAUUGCAUUUCACUUCUUGGAAGGUUAUCCAUAUGAUGAUAUAGGUACCGUUAUACUUUACAUACAAGUCUCUGAUGUUAAGCAAUUUAAGCGAAUCACAAUAGCGCCGAAAGUGUGA